AUGAGUCUGGGUCUAGAGGCAAGGGCCUGGGGAUGGAAUGGGUCUGGGGCUGGGGGAUGGGUCUGGGAGUGGAGGGUGGUGGUCAUGGGGGAAUGGGAGGAGAAGAAAAACCCGGAGAAGAAGUGGGGUGGGCUGGUUUUGGGGGAUGAAAAAUACAAAAGGGGGAGGUGGAGUGGGGGAAGGUUUGUGGGAGUGGAGGAUGGUACUCUUUUCUUCAAUAUUUUUUAA